UGCAGUGAUUGGUCGGUGGGCGGUCUGUGCAGCCUGACAGUCUGCAGCGUUCCGGGUUAUUGUCAGUCUCGGCAGCUCGGCACAAGGGCAGGACCGCAUCCCGGAGCCGCCUGAAGCUGCGAGCUCUUUAUUCACACGUAACCGCUUCUGAUCUGGUUAAAAGACCAAAGAGAGCAUCACGGAGCGUCGCCACCGAGCUCACUGCACAGCCUCAGCUGGAAAUCUGAGUCUGAAUCGGGAGGCGAGACAUCCGAGAGACGCUGCCGACACCGCGGAGAAAGUGACGGACGGAGCAGAGCCGAUCGCCGGGAUAUUACACCGCAGCAGUUUAGGAUAUUUCAGGCAGCUGCUUCGGCCCAGCCUUGAUUUCUUUCAGGGUACCUUCACACAAUAUUGCCUAGAUAAUAUCACAAACAUCUGCAUGAUUUAAUUUGCCGGAGGUCGUCCGCAGCGAGCAGGCGGACCACUUUAAACCCAUGCGUAACAGCGGUGGAUUUUGGAAUACUGCGUAGCAGUUCAACCAUCCAGUCCUUCGACUCGCAGGUCUGUUAUUUGGAGCUACAUACAAGCGAGAAGAAGAGCAGCCAGGACCUUUUACUGUGUUCCGGAGGCUAAACGCUGAGAACCCGAGGCGCGCUUGGUGCGCAAUCCUUCCGAGGACGCUCCUAAAAUUGCCGACCUGCGCUUUUGCCCUCGACAAAAAUUGGCAGCCGAGUCGAGAAAAAAGGCAAAGCUUAUUAACUUUGCAUGCUAGGGGCUAUAGUGUGGAAUCUAAUUCGCAGGGUUACCGGUUGUAUUUGCAUACCGUCGGAGGAAGAAGAGGAUAAACUUAAUCAACAUUUGACAUCGACAAAGCGGGCGGCUGGAUUUUGGAGCACAGAAUGAAUCCUUUUUAAUUUCGGAGCACAGAAGUGUGAAGCAGAUUGCUCAGUGAAUGCUACGAUCUGCAUGGAGCUCUAGUCUGCACUACGGAGCAAUUUAUGGUUGGCCGCAGAACUCCCCCGGCUGUAGUAGUGUGCCCACCUCGCCAUGCUGGCCUGUCUGCAGAGGAGGCAAAACCCUCCACCCCAGCACCCGGUGUGUGCCAGCAAGACCCUGGAGCCCCCGCAAGCCCUCGGACGGAAAUGUGAGCUGGUGGUGCCCACGCAUUCCCCACGUUACCCCACCGCGGCAGAGCUUGAUGCCUUUGCUCAGAAGACGGCCAGCAACCCUCUGUCCAUCAAGAUCUUCCCCACCAACAUCAGGGUUCCCCAGCACAAGCACCUUAACCGGACUGUGAAUGGAUAUGACACCACAGGGCAGCGCUACAGUCCCUACCCACAUCUCCACACGGGGGGAUACCAUGGCCUGCUUGCUAUCGUCAAGGCCUCCUCAUCAUCGUCAUCGUCAACAUCCACCUUCAUUCCUUCCAAAGGUGUUCUCAAAAACUCUGAAGGUAGACGGACUAAGCUCUCUCCAGCCCACAUAGCUGUUGCCCCGUACCCGCCCCCUAGUAGUAGCACUUUAGCCAGUGGCCACAGCCAAAUGGUAUACCACACUGGGCCCUCAAAGCCUCCAGAAGGCCCCGGACUAUCGGUUCCCCCAAAUGUCACUGUAGCUGGCUCAGUGAUUCCUGUAACAGGGGGCCGAGGCCUGGCCCUGCCCGCACAGUCCAACCUCCCCUCCAUCCAGAGCAUCAUCUACCAGAUCAACCAGCAUUGCCAGGCCCAGGCUCUGCAGCAGGUGUGCCAAGGAGCUGCCACGGCACCUUCAAAUUCCAGUCCCUCCAAACAGGGCACAACUGUCAUGGGGCUCUCUUCUAGCUCCUCAGGUGGAGGCUACGUGGUAGGAAUGGGCCCCCAGGCUAACAUGGUGUACACAGGGCCCGGGCUGCCGGCUCAGAAUGCAGAGGCGAUGAAGAACGGCAUGUACGCAGAUGGUAUGGACUACAUCCUUUGGCAGAAGCAGCACCAACAACAACAACAACAGCAGCAACAGCAGCAACAGCAGCAGCUCCGCAUGUACAGUGGAGGUAGCGGCGGAGGGGGCGCCGUCAGCAAGUCCCCCGAAACAUGUGUUCCAGGGGGCGGGAUUAUGGCGGCCCCAGUGUCCUCCUCUUCCUCCAGACCUUACCACCUGACAGUGAGCGCCAACGGAGGAGGCGGGCUGGACAAAGUCAGCUCCUCCCCGUUGAACUGCGUGGGUAUGCAUGGGAAUUUCUCAGUGGGUCAAUACUUUGCCCCGCCGUGGAACAGUGUGCUGGUGACACCUGACAGUGACUGCUACAACCCCCAGGAGCUUUUGGGCACCUCCACAGGAGGGCCGGCCACGGGGCACAGAGAGAUGGGCUACCCCCAUCACCAUCACCUCUACCACCACCACCACCAUCAUCAUCAUCACCCUGCUAUAGACAGCGGGGGAGGUCUGUGCUGCAGCCUGCCCAGCAAGAGCAUGUGCAACACGUCCGUGCUGAGCAGCAGCUUGCAGUCUCUGGAGUACCUGAUCAACGACAUCCACCCGCCCUGCAUCAAGGAGCAGAUGCUUGGCAAAGGCUACGAGACUGUGUCUGUGCCACGUCUGUUAGACCACCAGCAUGCACACAUCCGCCUCCCCGUUUACAGAUAGAGGAGGACGAAGAGGAGAAUCAAGAGUUGUUAAAUUUGUGACGAAAAUCAAAGUUAAAGAACACAAAUGUUUUGGGUUUUUUUUUUUUCUGGUUACAAAUUGUUGAGAGUGGCACUGCUUUAACUAGUGUGGGAGCUUAGAGAGGAGCAGUUGUUGUGCUGUGUGACCCGCUAAGGUUUGGUGGCUUCGAGGCAGGUUUCUUCUUUUUUUUUUUUUUUUUUUUUUUUUUUUUUUUAUUUCUGUGGGAAUCCCAAAUAUGAAAGGUGGCAGUGAUUGCCAGUGGGAGAGAGAAAAAAAAAAGGGAUUUCAAGAUUCUCCAGAUGUUACAUUGUGUGGUUUGCCAAUAGGAAUUUUGGAUUGAUUUAUAUUGUUUUUCUUCAGUUUUUUUUUUUUUUUCUUUUUCUUGUUGUUGUUUUACUUGCCUGAGCAUUUUCGAUGAGAAUCAUAGGUUUUGACAUCAAGUGCAUACGCCACUCGUUUCCCCCUCCACCUUCCCCCCCCUUUAUCCCCUUCCAAAUACUAAGGAUGAAGCUACUGUGUAGGUUGUCACUGAAAUGGUCUUAAAAAGGGCCGAAGUUUAGGGCUGCUCUCAAAAUCCAAAACUCUGUAAACACACAAGUAGACAAACACAUACAAGACGUACUGGUAACGUAAAGGAGACUAAAAAUAACGGGCAGCACUCGGGCGGGUAUGUACGAGGAUCAUAAGGUUGAAUUAAAAGGAUAGUACAAUAUUAGUUAUUAUUGCUGUUAUAAUUGAUACAUAAAUUGCACUGCUUGAAUCUUGUUAACUUUGAAGUUUGGAAUUGGGUAGUUUGGAUAUGAUAUAUUUAAGAAACUUGAAAAACUUGAACCUAUUUUUUGUUGUUUUAUAUAUUUGUAGGUAUAUUAUAUGCAUCGGCUGCUAUGGGGAAAAGUGUCUCAAAUGCUUUUUUUUUCCUUUUUCUUUUGGUUUUUUUUCCCACUUUUUGUUUUCAUGAUUUUAAUAAUUCCUCCUCAAGCUGAUGUGCAGUCUCUUAUGUCUCCUGGUGUAAGGCAUAGUCGCUGCUUUGGUUCUGUAAGAACCCGGUCGGAGAGAGAGAGAGCUCUUUUUUUUUUUUUUUUCCUAACCAACACUGGAAUCUACAAUAAAUCUUGAAAUACUUAUUUAAAAAAGAAAAUGUCACAAAAAAACAAAAAAAAACAACAACAAAAAAAAUACACGAAAAAGAAAUGUUACAAUGAAGAAUGUGACUGGGAGGUUAUCUACGUAACCUUACGUGUAUGUUUAUGCGUGUAUGUGGCUGAGUGCAUGCGCGUGUGUGCUUUUUAUUUAGUUUGUGUUCUUCAAAAUCCUCAGACUUUUUUUUUUGUUUGUUUCUUUCUUUUUUUUUCAGUUGUGUCAUUACAAAAUUUCUAACACCAAGACUGAAAAAAAAACCAACUGCUUUACCCAUGUCCCAUGAACAUCAUAUCUGAGUAAAUGUACAGGAGAUUUUUUUUGGGGGGGGGUUUGUAAUUGGAGGCUCUAGAUCUUCUCUGGAGCGCGAGUAGAGAUCAAGUUUUCUCACAUGAUUCCUGUACUUAACGUGCUACAUCCCCGGACUUCUGUCAGAUGUUAUCAUGAGGACAGAACGAGGUGGGAACAAAUGGAAGUCCUGUUUUUGGGGGUGCUGUUCAUCCCCAAUACUGCAAACAAAACAAAAUGAAAACAAUCAUGCCCUGUCCUCUGGCGUCAGAUGAAAUGAGGCGAGGCUCACUGCUUCCCACCCCUUUGUCCAUUUCAGCCCCUGGUUGGGACUCAUUUAGCCCGGGCCAGUCUUAACUUGAUGAUUCAGAGCAGUGAAAUAUUUAUCAUGACUGUGAGAUUCCCUUGAAUGUACUGCACUUAAAUUACUGCAAUGUUUUAUUGCCUUGUGGGACUUAAGUGAAAGAGAAAAAUUGGAUCAGUGCAGCAGUACUCUGGUCUUAAAUUAGCAUUUCUUUUGUCCGUCAAAUUUCAAUGGUAAAUUGAAUUUUAGAGAGAGAGAGAGAGAGAGAGAGACGGAGCUUUGUUGUGGGGAAAUACUGGCAUCAGUCUAGAUUUAUGAAGUGCAAUUAUUAUGACUGUAUUAACAUUUUUUCUCUGAGCUUACACCAAAAAAAUGUAAACUACAGUUGUCAAUACAUUCCCAAUGUACCACAUCCCUAAUCCCUAUCCUCCUUUUUUUUGUUUUUUUUUUUUGUUUUGAGGUGUAAAAUAAAUUUCUUUAAGAAUAUA